UUCCAGGUGACAUCAGAGGCAGAGGUGCGGUCAGCUGUUUCCCUGGCCAAAGAGAAGUUUGGGAAGUUGGACUUGGCGGUUAACUGCGCUGGCAUUGCUGUGGCUGUGAAAACAUAUAACUUUAAGAAGGACCUCCCUCACAGCCUGGAGGACUUCCAGCGUGUCAUCGAUGUGAACCUUACAGGAUCUUUUAAUGUGAUUCGCCUGGCUGCGGGCGAGAUGGGGAAGAACGAACCCGACGCAGACGGACACCGAGGCUGCAUCAUUAACACCGCCAGCGUGGCAGCUUUCGACGGACAGGUCGGACAAACGGCUUACUCCGCUUCUAAAGGCGGCAUCGUUGGGAUGACUCUUCCCAUCGCACGAGACCUGGCACCCGUGGGCAUCAGAGUCAUCACCAUAGCACCCGGGCUCUUCUCCACUCCUCUUCUCGCCAGUCUUCCAGAGAAGGUGCGCUCAUUCCUUGCGCGCCAGGUGCCCUUCCCCUCGCGCCUGGGUGACCCCGCUGAGUUUGCUCACCUGGUCACAUGCCUGGUUGAGAAUCCCAUGAUCAACGGGGAGGUCAUUAGACUGGACGGAGCCAUUCGCAUGCAGCCCUGAGGCGUUCUCAUCUCAGUGUUUUAUCAGAAUCUGCCGGCAUCACAAAGAUACAUG